CGAUUUGCUAAUGAAAACAGAAGAUCAGAUUUAAAGGAAAAGCCACGGUGGUGCCCAUGCUUUGCCUAGUGCUCACUGUGCUGUGUCUGAGCCGCUCAGAUGUGAAUGCCUUCAGUUCAGUUGCUGAAAAUGAGGAUGCGCUCCUCAAGCACUUAUUUGAAGGCUAUCAGAAAUGGGUCCGCCCUGUGGAAAACUCCAACGACACCAUCAAAGUCCUUUUUGGGUUAAAGAUAUCACAGCUCGUGGAUGUGGAUGAGAAGAAUCAGCUGAUGACAACCAACGUGUGGCUGAAACAGGAAUGGAUCGACCACAAGCUCUCUUGGAAUCCAGAUCAAUAUGGUGGGAUCACUGCUAUCCGGGUCCCCUCUGAGUCUCUGUGGCUUCCUGACAUAGUUUUGUUUGAAAAUGCUGAUGGACGUUUUGAGGGAUCCCUGAUGACCAAAGCCGUAGUGAAGUACAAUGGAGUGGUGACCUGGACACCACCGGCCAGUUAUAAGAGCUCCUGCACAAUGGAUGUGACCUUCUUCCCCUUCGACAGGCAGAACUGCUCCAUGAAGUUUGGGUCGUGGACCUAUGAUGGCAAUAUGGUGGACUUGAUUUUAGUGGAUGAAAAUGUAGACAGGAAAGACUUCUUUGAUAAUGGGGAGUGGGAGAUCUUAAACGCCAAAGGUAUGAAAGGCAACAGGAAGGAUGGGCUGUACUCUUACCCAUUUGUCACUUACUCCUUUGUAUUGAGGCGCCUUCCAUUAUUUUACACUCUUUUCUUAAUAAUCCCUUGCCUGGGAUUGUCUUUUCUAACUGUCCUGGUGUUUUACCUACCUUCAGAUGAAGGUGAAAAGCUUUCAUUGUCAACGUCAGUUCUAGUCUCCCUCACUGUUUUCCUUUUAGUGAUUGAGGAAAUAAUCCCUUCUUCUUCCAAAGUCAUCCCUCUGAUCGGUGAGUAUCUGCUCUUUAUCAUGAUUUUUGUGACCCUCUCUAUCAUCGUGACUGUGUUUGUUAUCAAUGUCCACCACCGAUCCUCAGCAACUUACCAUCCCAUGGCACCCUGGGUCAAAAGGCUCUUUCUCCAGAAGUUGCCUCGUCUGCUCUGCAUGAGGGCCCAUGUAGAUCGCUACUCAUUCUCAGAGACUGAAGAAAAGGGAGCUACCUCGAAAUCAAAGUUUCUGGGGAAGCAGAAAUACAAGCAAGCAAAAGACGGAGAAAAAAUUGUUAUUGCCUUUCUGGAAAAGGCAGCAGACUCCAUUCGGUACAUUUCCAGGCACGUUAAAAAGGAGCAUUUCAUCAGACAGGUUGUACAAGACUGGAAGUUUGUAGCUCAAGUCCUGGAUCGGAUCUUCCUGUGGUUAUUUCUGGUGGUGUCAGUGACGGGUUCAGUUCUCAUCUUUACCCCUGCAUUACGGAUGUGGUUGAACAACACUUUGUAGAAAACAGUCCCUCAGUAACAUACAACAAGUACGGUGCCAAGGGACAGUGGUGCCUUGGAGCUUGGUCUCUGCUGUACAAGAGGGGAAGCAGCAGCAAGAAUGAGGGAAAGUGAUGGUAACAGUGGGCAUUUAUUAGUAGUGUUUUCAAUCUUAAUAAUAACUCUACCAGUUACAGAUUUUGCUGAAAUCAGAGAAGAGCUUGGUGCACAGCCAAGGCCUAAAGUGAACUGGGGUUGCACAACUGGGUUAUUAUUUUAUUGUUAGCUUGGUUGU